AUGCGGACGUCUGUUUUGGUGGCCGUCUCGGCCGGCACGGUUCUGACCGGGCUGCUCGCCUACGCCGCGUACUUUGAUCACAAGCGACAGACUGACCCUGACUUCCGCAAAUCGUUGCGCCGCAACAACCGCCGCCUCGCCCGAGCCGUCAAGGAGGAAGCCGAGGCUGAGGGUGCUGCGCAGCGCGAAGCGAUCAAAUUGGCCGUGCAAAAGGCCAAGGAUGAUGGAUUCCCAGCCGACCUGGAGGAGAAGGAGUCUUACUUCAUGAACCAAGUCGCCACGGGUGAAGGGCUCUGCGCCGAGGGCUCCAACCAGAUUGAGGCUGCUUUGGCCUUCUACAAGGCCCUGAAGGUGUACCCCCAGCCCAAGGACCUGAUCUCGAUAUACGACAAGACGGUCCCCAAGGAAGUGCUGGAGAUCUUGGCGGAGAUGGUCGCCAUGGACGCUGGACUGAAGCUGGGCUCGUUUACUGGUGAGGGGACUGACAGCCACGGCGUUGAAUAA